UAUACUACCUCUGCUUCCCUCUCACCUCGCCGCGCCAUGCUGAUCAUGCUGGGGCUGGGGCUGGUGCCGGCCGGCGCGGCGGCGGCGUUGGCCGUUGCGCUGGUGUGCCUGGCCGCGGCGGCGUGGUGGACGGUGGAGCGCGCGCCGCGGCGGCUGGAGCGGGCGCUGCGGGCGCAGGGCGUCGGGGGCGGCCGGUACCAGCUCCUCCUCGGCGGCGACGUGGCCGAGAACGGGCGGCUCAACCGGGAGGCAUGGUCCAGGCCGCUGCCGCUCGGCUGCCACCGCAUCGCGCCCCGCGUGCUGCCCUUGCUCUGGAACGCCGUCAGGGACCACGGUAAACUGUCAUUCAUUUGGUUUGGUCCAGUGCCAAGAGUGAUGAUUCCCGACCCUGAAUUAGUAAGAGAGGUUUUCAAUAAGUUUGACCAAUUUGGCAAACCAAAGAUGAUCCGUGUCGGAAAGUUGCUAGCGACAGGAGUUGUGAGCUACGAAGGCGAGAAAUGGGCUAAGCACCGGAGAAUUCUAAACCAUGCCUUCCACCAUGAGAAAAUAAAGAGGAUGCUGCCAGUUUUUGCCAACUGCUGCACCGAAAUGGUUACUAGAUGGGAGAAUUCAAUUUCUCUUGAAGCGGCAUCUGAGAUAGAUGUCUGGCCUGAAUUCCGAAAUCUUACAGGAGAUGUGAUCUCAAGAACAGCAUUUGGUAGCAGUUAUCAAGAAGGGAGGAGAAUUUUUCAGCUGCAAGAAGAGCUGGCUCAAUAUUUAACAGAAGCCCUUCAGAAACUUUUUAUACCAGGCUAUUGGUACUUGCCAACUAAAAACAACAGAAGGAUGAGAGAAAUCGAUCGAGAGGUCCGCAAAAUUCUGCUUGAAAUAAUUGGAAACAAAGAGAGGGCUAUUACAAAUGGCGAAAACAGCAACGACGACAUGCUGGGAUUGUUGGUGGAAUCAAACACGAAGCAACCAGAACUAAGAAUGAGUACAGAUGAUAUUAUUGAGGAAUGCAAGCUAUUCUACUUCGCAGGAAUGGAGACAACAUCGGUGUUGCUCACCUGGACGUUGAUUGUGCUAAGCAUGCACCCAGAGUGGCAAGAGAGGGCAAGAGAAGAAGUGUUACACCACUUUGGAAGGACCACCACACCAGACUAUGAUAGCUUGAGUCGCCUGAAGAUUGUAACAAUGAUUCUAUAUGAGGUUCUUAGGUUGUACCCUCCAGUGGUGCUUCUGAACAGGCGAACAUUCAAGGAAACGAAUCUCGGUGGCAUCAAAUUUCCAGCUGAUAUGAACCUCAUACUGCCCAUUCUGUUUAUUCACCAUGAUCCUGAAAUUUGGGGCAAGGAUGCAAGUGAAUUCAAUCCAGGUAGGUUUGCUGAUGGCAUCUCCAAUGCAAGCAAGUAUCAUGAUGCCUCUUUCUUCCCAUUUGGAUGGGGUCCUCGUAUCUGCAUUGGCCAGAGCUUCGCACUUCUGGAAGCCAAGAUGGCUCUCAGCAUGAUCCUCCAGCGAUUCUCAUUGGAACUUUCGCCGUCCUACAUCCACGCACCCUAUAUAGUGUUAACUCUCCGUCCACAGCACGGUGCCCAAAUUAAGCUGAAGAGAAUUUGACGAUAUCAGGAAAGGACUGGGUGUGGUGGUAGAGUCGUGGGUUACCAGGGCGUAGUCCUCUGUGUCUUUCAUGUAAAAUGGAAUAAAAAUCCAGUUUUUUCUUCUUUUUUUGAAAUUAAGGCUUUUUUGUUGGGGAAUAAUUAUACUAGUUGGCCAUAUUGUGGUUUUAUGUUUUUAGCUUUAACAGGUGCCUUACUUAUUGUCAUUGUCUAUCCACUUUCUAGUAGGAUUUGGAUUCAAGUUGAUGAGUUUUUUUUUAAAAAAAAAACCUGGAUGGUGUAAAUUAAUGUGUGAAAGAACUUGGAUGUUCUGUCUUA